GCGCGCCCACCUGAACCCGUCCGCGCCCACCUGAGCCCGUACGCCGGCGCCAUGGCGGAGCAGGAGAGCCUGGAGUUCGGGAAGGCGGACUUCGUGCUGAUGGACACUGUCUCCAUGCCCGAGUUCAUGGCCAACCUCCGGCUCAGAUUUGAAAAAGGGCGCAUCUACACAUUCAUUGGAGAAGUCGUUGUCUCUGUGAAUCCCUACAAGCUGUUGAACAUCUAUGGGAGGGACACAAUCGAGCAGUACAAAGGGCGUGAACUGUACGAGAGACCUCCGCAUCUUUUUGCCAUUGCCGAUGCUGCUUAUAAGGCUAUGAAGAGGCGAUCAAAAGACACUUGCAUUGUGAUAUCAGGGGAAAGUGGAGCUGGUAAAACGGAAGCCAGUAAGUACAUCAUGCAGUACAUUGCGGCCAUCACCAACCCCAGUCAGAGAGCGGAGAUUGAAAGAGUGAAGAAUAUGUUGCUUAAGUCCAACUGUGUCUUGGAAGCUUUUGGAAAUGCCAAAACCAACCGCAAUGACAACUCAAGCAGGUUUGGAAAAUACAUGGAUAUCAACUUUGAUUUCAAGGGGGACCCUAUUGGUGGACAUAUCAAUAACUACUUACUGGAGAAGUCUAGAGUGAUUGUGCAACAGCCAGGAGAAAGAAGCUUUCAUUCUUUCUAUCAGCUACUCCAAGGAGGUUCAGAGCAGAUGCUCCGCUCUCUGCAUCUCCAGAAAUCCCUUUCAUCCUACAGUUACAUCCAUGUUGGAGCCCAAUUAAAGUCGUCUAUCAAUGAUGCCGCAGAAUUCAAAGUAGUAGCUGACGCCAUGAAAGUCAUUGGCUUCCAACCUGAGGAGAUUCAAACAGUGUAUAAAAUUUUGGGUGCUAUUCUUCACUUGGGAAAUUUAAAGUUUGUAGUGGAUGGUGACACGCCUCUGAUUGAAAAUGGCAGGCUUGUAUCUAUCAUAGCAGAAUUGCUGUCCACCAAGACAGACAUGGUUGAGAAAGCCCUCCUUUACCGGACGGUGGCUACGGGUCGUGAUGUCAUCGACAAGCAACACACAGAACAGGAAGCCAGCUACGGCAGGGAUGCCUUUGCUAAGGCCAUAUAUGAGCGCCUUUUUUGUUGGAUUGUUUCUCGCAUCAAUGGUAGCAUAGAGGUCAAGAACUCUGACACCACCAUCCACGGGAAGAACACUGUUAUUGGUGUCUUGGAUAUCUACGGCUUUGAAAUCUUCGACAACAACAGCUUUGAACAAUUCUGCAUCAAUUACUGCAAUGAGAAGCUCCAGCAGCUGUUUAUUCAGCUGGUCCUGAAGCAAGAACAGGAGGAGUACCAGCGGGAAGGGAUCCCCUGGAAGCACAUUGAUUACUUCAACAAUCAGCUCAUCGUGGACCUCGUGGAGCAGCAGCAUAAGGGCAUCAUUGCCAUCCUGGAUGACGCCUGCAUGAAUGUUGGCAAGGUCACCGAUGAGAUGUUCCUGGAAGCGCUUAACAGGAAAUUGGGCAAACAUGCUCAUUUUUCCAGCCGAAAGCUCUGCGCCUCGGACAAAAUCCUGGAGUUUGAUCGAGAUUUUCGAAUUCGACAUUAUGCAGGUGACGUGGUCUAUUCUGUCAUUGGUUUUAUUGACAAAAACAGAGACACUUUAUUUCAAGAUUUCAAGCGCCUCAUGUAUAACAGUUCAAAUCCUGUGCUGAAGAAUAUGUGGCCCGAAGGCAAACUGAGCAUUACAGAGGUGACCAAGAGACCUCUGACUGCCGCCACCUUAUUUAAGAAUUCUAUGAUUGCUUUAGUAGACAACCUUGCAUCAAAGGAACCAUAUUAUGUACGUUGCAUCAAACCCAACGACAAGAAGUCCCCACAGAUCUUUGACGAUGAACGCUGCCGGCAUCAAGUAGAGUAUCUUGGACUCCUGGAAAAUGUGAGGGUGCGUCGGGCAGGGUUCGCCUUCCGCCAGACCUAUGAGAAGUUUCUUCACAGGUACAAAAUGAUCUCUGAAUUCACCUGGCCCAACCAUGACCUCCCUUCCGACAAAGAGGCUGUCAAGAAACUGAUUAAACAUUGUGGCUUUCAGGAUGAUGUAGCUUAUGGGAAGACCAAAAUUUUCAUUCGAACACCCCAAACAUUGUUUACCUUGGAAGAGCUCCGUGCCCAGAUGCUUGUAAGGAUUGUCCUCUUUCUACAAAAGGUGUGGCGGGGCACCCUGGCCCGUAUGUGGUACAAGAGGACCAAGGCAGCUCUGACAAUUAUCAGAUACUACCGGCGCUACAAAGUGAAGUCGUACAUCCACGAGGUGGCCAGACGCUUCCACGGCAUCAAGACCAUGAGGGACCACGGCAAGCACGUGAAGUGGCCAGCCCCGCCCAGAGUGCUCUGCCGUUUCGAGGAAGCCCUACAGGCUAUUUUUAAUAGAUGGAGAGCAUCCCAGCUCAUCAAGACCAUACCUGCUUCAGACCUGCCCCAGGUUAGGGCAAAGGUUGCAGCUGUAGAAAUGUUGAAGGGUCAAAGGGCUGACCUUGGGCUCCAGAGGGCCUGGGAGGGCAACUAUCUUGCUUCGAAGCCAGAUACACCUCAGACCUCAGGCACCUUCGUCCCCGUUGCAAAUGAACUGAAACGGAAGGACAAAUACAUGAACGUCCUCUUUUCCUGUCAUGUCCGUAAGGUGAAUCGCUUUAGUAAGGUGGAAGAUCGAGCAAUUUUUGUCACUGACCGUCACCUGUAUAAAAUGGAUCCCACUAAGCAGUACAAAGUAAUGAAGACUAUCCCCCUAUACAACUUGACUGGUCUGAGCGUCUCCAAUGGGAAGGACCAACUGGUAGUGUUCCAUACAAAAGACAACAAAGACCUCAUCGUCUGUCUCUUCAGCAAACAGCCAACCCACGAGAGUCGAAUUGGAGAGCUGGUUGGAGUCCUGGUGAAUCAUUUCAAGAGUGAGAAACGCCACCUUCAAGUCAACGUCACCAACCCUGUGCAGUGCAGCCUGCACGGGAAGAAGUGCACCGUCUCCGUGGAGACGCGGCUCAACCAGCCGCAGCCCGACUUCACCAAGAACCGCUCGGGCUUCAUCCUCAGCGUGCCGGGCAACUGAUGCGCAGGGAGGUGGGGC